AUGCAUUCGACUAAGACUACAUCGUUUACUACGACAUUCAAGCACGGAAAGAACAACCUCCACCAGUUGGCAAAAGCCAUCCAGCCAUGGGGCCAGUCCAAGAAAGAGCGUGCGAGAGCCGCAGCCAGCGCAGCCAUAAUGGAAUUUCACGAGCGGCCGCCAUGGAGCCGGUUCACAUUUCCAGAAGCUGGAAUUGAAGAUGACAAGAAGUCCUGGUACAAAGGAGAUGAGAAGAAGUUUAUGACUCGUGGAGAAAUCCUCAGUGAUACUGACGCUGAUGGCAAUCAGCAGUCAUGGUAUGAAGGAGAUGAGAAGUUCUUCGACACUAAGGAUAGUGACGAGGAAAAGGACUGGGAUGAUAAUGCAUCCUGGCAUACAGGAGAUGACAGGGAGCUCAAGGUUCCUGUGAAAAUUGAAAGGACUGACAUUAAUGAAAUCUACCAAGAGGUGAUUCGUCAACACGAACUUGAUGUGAAACAGUGGGAUGCGGAAGUUGACGGAGUGCUUGAGCUUAUCUAUGGAUCAUGUUGUGUGUGA